AUGGCAGCAGCCGCGAACUCAGGCUCUAGUCUCCCGCUGUUCGACUUCCCGACUUGGGCAGGUAAACCCCCACCUGGUUUACAUCUGGAUGUAGUCAAAGGAGACAAGUUAAUUGAGAAACUGAUCAUUGAUGAAAAGAAGUAUUACCUGUUUGGGAGAAACCCUGACCUAUGUGAUUUUACCAUUGAUCACCAGUCUUGCUCUCGAGUCCAUGCUGCCUUGGUCUACCACAAGCACCUGAAGAGAGUUUUCCUAAUAGAUCUCAACAGUACACAUGGCACGUUCUUGGGUCACAUUCGAUUGGAACCUCACAAGCCACAGCAGAUCCCCAUUGACUCCACAGUCUCAUUUGGUGCAUCUACCCGGGCAUACACUCUUCGUGAGAAGCCUCAGACGUUGCCAUCAGCGGUGAAAGGAGAUGAGAAAAUGGGCGGAGAGGAUGAUGAACUCAAGGGCCUACUGGGCCUCCCUGAAGAGGAGACCGAGCUUGAUAACUUGACAGAGUUCAACACAGCCCAUAACAAACGGAUUUCCACUCUCACCAUUGAGGAAGGGAAUUUGGACAUCCAGAGACCAAAGCGGAAACGGAAGAACUCUAGGGUAACGUACAGUGAAGAUGAUGACAUCAUCAAUCCAGAGGACGUGAAUCCUUCCGUUGGCAGAUUCAGAAACAUGGUACAGACUGCAGUGGUCCCAGUUAAGAAGAAACGUGUCAAGGGCCCUGGCUCACUCAGUUUGGAGGAGUCAGUGAGCAGGCGCAUGCAGAACUUUCCAUUCAGCGGAGGAUUGCAUGGGGGUCUGCCCCCUACCCACAGUGAGGCGGGCUCUCAGUCACAUAGCAUACAUGGGACUUCGCUUAUUGGUGGCCUGCCCAUGCCCUACCCAAACCUCGCUCCUGAGGUAGACUUGACCCCUGUUGUGCCAUCAGCAGUGAAUAUGAAGCCUGCACCAAACCCUGCGGUCUACAAUCCUGAAGCUGUAAACGAGCCCAAGAAGAAGAAAUAUGCAAAGGAGGCUUGGCCUGGCAAGAAGCCCACACCCUCCUUAUUGAUUUGA